CGGUUUCCAAAAUUUAAAACCGGUUCAAAAAACAGCCGGUCUGUAAUUUUUUUUGACUGAAAUCACCAUUAAAAUUGUUUUUCAAUUUUCGCUGUAAAAACUCAAUAUUAAAUUAUAAAAAAUGGCUAGCGGUGUUGAAGUUGCUGAUAAAUGCAAGAUAAUCUUUGAGGAGAUUAAGAAAGACAAGAAACAUCGCUAUGUGAUUUUUAAUAUUGUCGAUGAGAAGCAAAUUGAUGUUGAAGUAAUUGGAGAUCGUGAAGCUGAAUAUGAUCAGUUUUUGGAUGAUUUGCAAAAAGGAGGAACUGGCGAAUGUCGUUAUGGCUUGUUUGAUUUUGAAUAUAUGCAUCAGCAUCAAGGCACAACGGAGUCCUCAAAGAAACAAAAACUAUUCCUUCUUUUGUGGUGUCCUGACACCGCUAAAAUCAAAAUGAAGAUGCUGUACGCAAGUUCUUUUGAUGCACUCAAGAAGUCACUUGUUGGUGUUCAGAAAUACAUUCAAGCAUCCGAUUUAUCCGAAGCUUCGAAAGAAUCUGUCGAAGAAAAAUUACGCGCAACAGAUCGUAUCUAAAUUUCAUUAUUUGCUUCACAUUAAUAGCUUUUCCUUUUUUUCUACAUUCUAAUCAUAUAAUUAUCUACAUUUG